AUGGAAAAGGGACUAGAAAGCUUUGACGUCAUCAUCAUCGGCGCGGGAUUGUAUGGCAUCCAAGCAGCAAGGACAUAUCUUGCAGUGCACCCAAGCUCCAACGUCGUCGUCUUCGAAGGCAGCUCGACCAUCGGCGGCGUCUGGAGUAAAGACCGAGUCUACGAUGCCUUUUGGACGCAAACGCCCGUGGGAAUGGCCGAGUUCUCGGACCAACGCCUUCCGCCCGUCCCGGAACUCGACUCCUACUAUGGGUUCUUCCCCGCGAAAUACGUCGCCAGCUAUUUGGAGUCGUACGUGGAGUCGCGCGAGUUCGCUGGAAGGAAGCUUUCCUCGCGGAUUCGCCUCGAUAGCAGGGUGACGAGGUUAGAGAAGAAAGGAGGAACAUGCGAGUGGCGCGCCCACAUCUUCGUGCAUAACAAGUCUUUGAGGGACGAAGAGGAAGCGCGCAAUUACACAGCGACAGCCCAGAAAGUUAUCGACGCUACCGGUCUAACUUCCUCUCCUUACAUGCCCUCACUGCCCGGUCUAGAGACCUUCUCCGGCGAACUCGUGCAUCAGAAGGACAUCGCACAAUCCCAUGUUCUCCACGACUCCGCGAACCACAAUGUCAUCGUAAUUGGGGGCGCCAAGUCCGCAGCAGACAUGGCUUACGCAGCCGCAAAAGUUGGGAAAACUGUAUCGUGGGUUAUCCGCAAAAGUGGAAGCGGUCCCGCAUCCUUUGCUCUAGCUCAGGGUUCAGGCUCAUAUAAGAACUCGAACGAGGCGUUCUACACGCGGCUCACUGCGUUAUUCCUCGCUAGCGUAUUUGUGAGAGCUAGAAGGCGCGAGUGGUCGUUGGCAGGUUUCGUGGAGUGGCUCCUAUAUAAGACGAGCAUGGGAAUGCUUUUCUUUUCGUGGAUCUGGAAGCGCGUCACGGCGCGCGCGUGGAAGGGGGCCGAUUAUUCGGGCCGUCAGGGUAAAGGAGACGCUUGGGGCGAAAGUGAAGACCGGGGUUUCCAUAAUCUGCAACCCGACACGGAAAUCUUCUGGCAAAACGACAGCAGUGGGAUAAACCAGCGGCCGGACUUCUUCUCCACGAUCGCGGAUCGCGUGACCGUCUAUCGUUCGGACAUUGACCGCGUUUGCGAGCGCGGCAUUCAUCUCGCGGACGGAAACGGCACUUUCGUCCCCGCGGAUGUCCUGCUUUGCGGCACAGGAUGGGACAUUAGAAGCUCGUAUGCCCAUCUCAAUGACGCUACAGCCCACGACCUCGGGCUUCCCGUAUCCCAGUCCCUGCAAUCAGCUCAAGAAGCUUUGCACUGUGCCGCCCUAGAUACCCGCGCUGAAGCACACAUCCUCAGGCGGUUUCCCGUCCUCGCACACCCACCCACGUAUCACAGCACUCCAGCCACCCUAACCCCACUCCGCCUCUACAAAGCCAUGCUCCCCGUCUCCGAUCCCUCGAUCCUCUUCCUCGGGAAAAUCAUGCUAGGGAACCACUUCAGAACUGCAGAAGUACAGGCCCUCUGGGCUGUCAGCGUGUUUGACGGGACCCUAAGCUUACCCGAUGAGGAUGCAAUGGAGCGGGAGAUUACAGAGACGGUGGCGUGGUGUCGGAAGCGGUAUCUGGGGAAGGGACAGCUGGGAAAUUGGUUCUGGUUUGAUAUGGUGCCCUAUACGGACUGUUUAUUGGAGGAAAUAGGGUUGGAAAGUCAUCGGGGAAGGAAAGGGUUGAGGGAUUUGGUGAGACCGUGCUUUGCGGAAGAUUUGUUUGGACUGAUCGAGGAGUACAAGGCGAAGUACCACAAGCGGGAAAGUACCUGAUAACAAUU